GGCGUACUAAGUGAUGAUUCAUCUUAUUUCGUUGAUUUCGAUGCUUCCGAUCGAUCUCGCUCGCCUAGUCCCGCGCGCAGUCCCUCGUGGACUUUAUUUGAUCAAUGAGCUGUGAAGAGCCUUUGAUUGCUGCCUUGUUGCUGCUGAGCGCUCCCUACAAUGGAUCCGCAAGUCGCAGGAUCGAUUUGGACCCCUAUGAUAAGGCCUUCUCCUGUGUUACGACGGAGGCCUGUUCAAACCCUAACCCAGUUGUUGGACAUCGCGUUCGACGUGUAGCCACGAAUAACUUCUUAGCUGAACAACAAAGGGUUCAACUGUGAAUAGCCUUGUUCCCGCUACUCCGUUGCGCGUCCAUGUCAUCUGAAGUUGUAUGGCAUUCCUCAUACAUCCUAUCCUUGCGAGCGACCAGUCCACUCACUGUCUUGAAUUGCAUCACAUCCCAGAACGUGAGUAGUGAGUACUUCGGUAGUCAUUGUGUGCGUGUGUGUGCAGUGCGACAAGAACAUUGGAACAGUUGA